AAACUUUAAAAAGAGCCGCCUCCGAGCGUAGGACCAAAGCCCGCAAGAAAGGGGAGAACUGGAGUAAAAAAGAGCGACGCAACGAAGAACGAAACAGAGGGUAUGCGAAGCACCGUACCGUCGUCGCUCCUCGACGGCGGCGGAGGCGACGAGGACCGCCGGAAGGACUUGGUAUCCUCUGUCUACUGGUGGCGGUCCCUCGCCGAGUUUGACGACCGUGGGCGGCCGGAGGCCUUCUCCUCCACGGCUUCCGCCGGUCUGACUCCGAGGCUCCGGGUCGUGAGGGAGCUGGAGAGGCUAGCGGUGUUGGCGCACGAGUCGCUCGACAAUUUGCGGCACAAGCUGCUUACUUAUAGAGCAGGGGAUCUCUGGUUCCCCGCCGGCGGGAUCCCGAAGCAGGAGACCGACAUUCCGCCGGUCAUAACGAUAUUGCUUCUUGGCUUUGUGGGGUCGGGGAAGAGUUCGCUGAUUAAUCUCAUGUACUCCGUCUUUGGUCGCUCUGGCUUCGUCCCCUUUGCCCACACAGCCUCUCGUGCCGGAAAGGACGGAAGGACGCAGUACUUGGAGGAGCACAGCGUUUCGAGAUCGAUGCGGAAUGGUUUCUGCGUGUUCGACUCCAGAGGGCUCGACUACGAUCGGGUGGCGGAGGGUCUCGUCGAGGUGGCCGAGUGGAUGGAGCACGGCGUCCGCCACCGACAGCCUUGCCGCGGCGCCGCCCUACCGGAACCCGCCUUCGCCGUUCCCUCCUUAGCCUCCUCCUCCGCCACCGCCACCGCCAAGCGGUUCGUCCGUCGACAGGUCAACUGCGCCAUGGUCGUUGUCGACCUCUUGGAGCUCCACCGCUCCCUCGUCUCCGGCGACCUCCGGCCGCUCGAGGCCACCCGGGAGCUCUUCCAUUCCCCCUCCAUCAAUAACUAUGGUACAGAUGAGAACCCCAUCUUGGUGCUGACGCACGGGGAUGAGCUCACAGCGGAGGAGCGGAUCGAAACACGGGUGCGGGCGUGCGACUACAUGGGUGUCCCGGAGACGGCCGGGGUCUACGACGUGGUCUGUGUUAACGAGCACGGGUUGCUGGCAGACGAGAUGGAUCCCGUCACCGCCUACGCUGUGGCCGAGGCCGUCUACCGGGGCCUCCUGCUGGCCGACCGGGGCCACCCGCCCAAGCCCAUCAUCAGGGACUGGCUCAUCUUGGUCCUCUCGCGGUCCAUGUGUACCCUCUCGGCGGUCUUUGCCUUCCUCUCUGCUUGUUGUUCCAAGAUUGCAAAGGCCUGCAAUGAAAAAUGAGAUGGAGGUGGCUCGGGAUGUCUAACCAGGGAUGCACUUGGGCUGGCUUUAUCUAUAUCAUAGCUCAACCGAGUCUAUUGUUUCGAUCAAGUCGAUCCGGUCAGAGACUUCUAGCCCAAUGCAACCCUAAUUUCACUUGGAUUCAAAAAUGUUGGGUUGAUUCAUGCUCACCACAUCAUUAUGCUAUGAUGUGCCAAUGCAAGAUGUUUGAUGAAUAAUUUCUAAAGAAUAAAGAUAAGUUUGCAAUU